AUGACGUCCUCAAUGUUGGCAGUUACGGCACCAAGCUUUUGCGAACCGUCCGCAUAUGAGCUUUCCACAAUCCCUCAGCCAGUUGUAACAGAGCCUACCAAUGUGGUAUUCCGUGUUCAUGCAGCGAGUAUCAAUCCCGUAGAUGUCAAGAAGGCAGCAGGAGUCUUCAAGCUCGCGGUCAAAGAGAAAUUCCCAUAUCAAAUUGGCUAUGAUUGCUCAGGAACCGUAACAGAAGUGGGCCAGGAUGUCAAAGGCAUCAAAGUGGGCGACGAGGUUUACUCGCGGCUACCGGAGGCAAGUCGAGGGGCAUGGAGUGAAUACGCCAAAUGUCCGGAACAUUACGUUACUCUCAAACCCAAGAACCUGUCUUUCGAUGAUGCCGCCUCGUUGCCACUGGCAGGCAUGACCGCACUGCAAACUUUGCGACGAUACGAGGGAUCAUUGUCAGGCAAGACGGUCUUCGUACCAGCUGGCUUGAGUGGCACUGGCGCAUAUGCGUGUCAGAUCGCUAAGAACGUCUUCCAUGCCAGCAAAGUGAUCACCACUGUCUCAACAUCAAAGGUAGACAAGGUACCAGAGUUGCUUGGUAAAGGCACGGUUGACCAAACAUUUAGCGUCAGCAAUACGACCUAG